AUGUCUGUCUUUACCAAGGAGGCGUUCCAGAUGUCGGCUCUGCCGACCCCCGUCAGCUCGGCACCUGCGUCGACUGCUGUCUCGCGCCGCGGCUCGUUCGCCAGCUGGGCUUCCGAGACGACAGCCGACUCGCACAUUGUCGAGAUCAACGUCGAGUCGGUUCUCUUCGACAUGGACGGCACCCUCAUCAACUCGUCGCCAGCCGUCGUCAAGGCUUGGGAACUCUUCGCCGAAAAGUACCCUCUCGACCUGGACGACAUCCUCCGCUCGGCGCACGGCAUGCGCACCAUCGACGUCCUCCGCAAGUGGUGCAAGGUCCCCGACGAGCACAUCGAGGCCGAGGUUGUCCGUUUCGAGACCGCUAUCCUCGAGAACGCCGAGGAGAUUGGUCGCCAGACCGGCAAGAGCGGCAUCGAGGUUCUUCCCGGUGUCAACAAGCUCCUCACCGACCUGAGCGAGCACAAGCACAUGCGUGACGGCGAGCUCAAGUGGGCCAUCUGCACUUCGUCGACGCACUUCUACGCCGGCCAGGCCAUCCCUAUUGCCGGCCUUGAGACGCCCAAGAUCUUCGUCACCGCCGACUCGGUGCAGCGCGGCAAGCCCUUCCCUGACCCCUACCUCCUCGGUGCCAAGGGCUGCAACGCCUCGCCCUUUGAGUCCCUCGUCGUCGAGGACGCACCAACCGGUAUCCGUUCUGGCAAGGCUGCUGGAUGCCGCGUCCUCGCUACCUGCACCUCUCACUCGGCCGAGGAGCUCGAAAAGGAACGCCCCGACUUCCUGGUCGAGGACCUCUCCAAGGUCUCGGUUACGUGGGACGUCGCAACUCAGACCUUCAAGAUGAUCAUCGAGCAGCCCAUUGGCCGCGUCGACCCCCGCCCCACCCCCGACUCGACCCCCCUCGUCACUCCCGCUGCGUCCCGCGCACCCUCCUUCUCCGGAGAGCGCCAGCGCUUGGCUUCCGCCAUGGCACCCACUGGCGAGCUUACUGGCAACGACUCGGUCGUUGGGUCCCCCAUGUCGUCGCGCCCCUCUUCUCCAGGUAUCCCCACUGAGAAGACUGCUGCCGAGCGCCGCAGGUCUUCGGGUGCCGCCGCUCACGUCACGCUUGACGCGUUCAAGCGCGCUCUUGCUGGCAACGCCAACAAGGUGCGCGAGCUCGCUCUCGAGGAGUAA